AUGGCUGGAACAACCUUUUGUGAUGUGCCUGAGCUUUACAACAUUCUUAAUCAGUACACUCGCCUGUCCAGACUACCAGAAUUCAACUACCUCUGUUUGAUUGAUACUCGUGCUAAAGGACAGUACAAUGCCAGCCAUAUCAUCACUGCCAGAAAUACAAAAUAGGAAUUGGAGAGCUUGAGGCCUUAUACAGUAGAGCUCUUGCCAGGUCAACUCUACUUAGGCGAUUACAAGCAGGCUAUCAAUCCCCACGUCCUAAAAGACCUAAAACUGAGCGCACUUGUUAAUGUCUCUGAAGACACUAGUCACGUGUGUGAGGACUCGUAUUUACAUGUCAAAGGAGCAUGUCCUAAAUAGUUGUUUCAAUAAAAUGUUUUUCUUUGAAAUUAGGUUGGAAAAAGGAAACCACACCAUCCUUCACAUUAAUGUGGCAGAUUCAGUGGAUGCUGAUCUGUACUCCAGUUUUGAGAGAAUAUGUGUUUUCAUUGGUAGGCUGCAUGUAUUUUCUUCCACUUUUUAUACUGAACAAAAAUAUAAACGCAACAUGCAACAAUUUUUUUGCUGAGUUACAGUUCAUAUAAGGAAAUCAGUCAAUUUAAGUAAAUUCAUUAGGCCCUGAUCUAUGGAUUUCACA